GGGGAAAAAAUCUGAUUGGAACUGAGUCACUUGGACGACAACAAUAAAAAUAAUUGGCGACGAGAUGAGAGCCGGAAUCGACUCGGUGGAAGCGGCGGCCGUCUGCCAGACCCGACCCUGGACGGACGAUUUGAAGGUGUGUCCCCAUACUGGAGUCGGGGAAGCUACCAACCAGACGUACAGGAAGGAUGGCAGCCGCAUUGAGGCUUACAAGUCCAGGGAUAAAAAGUGCCUUUGCAUUGUGGAUGAUACCCUCCUCUACGCCAUCUACUCCGGGCACAAUGGUGUCCGGGUGGCGGAUUUUGCCCUGCAGAAAAUGGCCGCUGACCUGCUGCUCGGUCAGCUGAACGGUCGUUCCACGGACGAAGCCGUCAAGGACGUCAUUCGCCAGGCGUUCCAUGCCGUCGAAAAGGGUUACAUCGACUCGAUCGAUGUAGAGCUUGCCACACGAACGGCUCUUCAAAUGCAACUAUCUGACAUUGACCUCGGUCAGUAUCAGAUUUCGCAAGAGUUUGGCAACGUGCUGCAGAAGCUGGACAAACUCAAGCUGGAGUUGUCGGUGGGCAGCAGUGCCGUGUUGGCGUUGAUCUACCAAUCGAAACUCUACAUCGGAAACAUUGGCAACUGCCGGGCUCUGCUGUGCAAGACGGAUGAGUUCGAAACACUGACCGUAACGCAGCUUAGCGUCGAUCACAAUCUCUGCAACGAGGAAGAGGUUCUCCGUCUAUUCCGACUGGGACUGGAGGCUCAAAACUUUGAAAACUGGCCUCUGUAUAGUACCCGAUGCAUCGGGAACUACCUGGGCAAGAACGGGUACAAGGAUUGCGACUUUCUGUCCGAUGCCUCUUCGGAUCCGGUUAUCUUCCAACCGGAGAUUGUUGGUUCGGUCCCGAUCACAUCGGCCUGUAAGUUCCUGGUUCUGAUGUCCAGUGGUCUAUGCCGCGCACUGCACGAUCUCUACCCGGGCGAUACAUGUUACGGUAAUCGCAAUCUAGUCCAGAUAAUCGCCGAAGAGUUCCAGAUGCAAUCUACCCUGGCCGGGGUGGCCCAAUCCGUAGUGCAUAGGGUUGUUCAACUGCACCAUGAUGCCUUUAUGCAGCAGGUUGACGAAGAGAGGCCAGCAGCUUUCUCCAACCGAGACGACAUAACGCUACUGAUCCGGAACUUCAACUACCACCUUCCGAAUGCGUUCAACAAUAGGAAAAACAGCAGCCGGUCGUUCACGUCGACUACUUCGGCAUCCUCAUCGACGACCAAUUCGGAUUCCACACCGACGAACCACAGCUACGGAACCGAAAUGGACUGCUCCGGGAUGGGCACGAACGUGUCCGUUACCAGUUCGGAAAGAAGCGAAAACGACAACUUCCCGGAAUCUAAAGAUGAACGCGUCAAAUCGUACGUGGACUUUUCGGAUUAUAACCGCCGCGUUGCGGAGGCACGCAAACUCGGAAAACUCCCACCCAACAUGGCCUUCGAUUAACGACAGGAUGAUUGUUUAUUGCUUGUUUUGUUCUAUCAUAAGAGUUUGUAUAGUAAAUAUAUCUAUAUAUAGCACUAGGAUGUA